AAUUCCCAUAGCGAUUGAAUUACUGUAACUGAAACUGGAAUUUAAAAUUGAUGAGAAUGUGCAUUAUGUAUGCACUCUUGUGGCCGAUAUUCAAACCGUUUGCAUUAGCAUUAGUGCUUGACACUUGUUCUCAAAUUACAAAUCAAUGCAGGCAUCGUGUGAAAGCUGAAGCUGUGAAAAAAUUACAACUCAAAUCGGACCCUCACUAGAGAAUAUUGGACUUUAUUCAGUGGUUUUAAAUUGUCGUCGCCAAAAUGCAUAGGUUAUGUCCAAGUGAAAACAAAGAAAAUAUAUUCGGCGAAUGUAUUCAAUCCGAUUCAAAAUCAAUGACGUCAUCAAAACGAAAACGGCACCCCCUUGAUUCGAUCAAUCCAAAUACGGCGAAAAUUGAAAUGAAAUCAUCAACCGCAAUUGAACGUGUGAAUUACGAUUGUUUCGAACGCAUUUUGGACGGAUUUCAUUUGGACGAUCUCGUAAAAGUCGGCAGCUCGUGUAAACAUCUACAAUCAAUUGUGUGUGACUUUUUCCAGACAAAGUUCCAUAAACAUGCCGUAUUGAUUGAUUCCGAGCAAUUCCCCCGCUAUGCGGUCACCAGCAAUGCGGUACACGAUAACUAUCGUUUUGGCAUCGGUCAUGAUCUGAACGCAUUUCUAAAUGUGGUCGGUGAGAAGAUUGAAAAAAUCAUAAUCCUUAAUAUGUUCCCGAUUGCAGCUAAUUUGACCCGAUUUGAAAACGACACUAAGAUUGAGCAAAUGAUUACGAAAUGUUGCGGCAAGACGCUAAAUGAAAUAAAAUUCAAAAAUUGCGGCCAACAAAUGAUGAACGGAGCCGAACCGUUUGAAAAUGUCACAAGGGUAUCGUUUGAAAAUUGCGCACUGGGAAGGAAAGCGUCUGACUUUACGUUUUUAUUUCCGAUAAUGUAUCGUUUUGAUUUGAUCGACUGUAAUGUAAUGGACGUGCGCCACAGCAUCGAAAUGGAAUUUCCAAAACUGAAAUGUUUCAAUUUGAACGUGCCAUUGAGUUUGAAUAGCUACGCAAACAUCUCAUUCAACAUUCAAAAUAUAAUGGCCAUGAUCGAUCGAAACCCACACAUUGAAAGCUUGAAAUUGUGCUACUGGAAUGAAAGUGCUUAUGACGCAAAGUUAUUGCACUAUGUCGCACAGAAAUUAAACGACCUUAAAAAUUUGCAAUUAUGGCAUUUGCGAUACACUGAAUUUUUCAGUCACGGUGACAUCCAUUUUAAUAGUGUUCGCAAAUUGACGCUGGCAAAUCAUUGUCACAUCUCAGGAAAAUUGGCAGCCAAUCUAGCUGCACUUUCAUUUGAGAAUCUUUCAAAAUUUUGCAUAACUGGUGAAUUUGAUAGCGAAUGUACCGCAUUUUUGGCACGUCAUAAGACAAUCCGAGCGAUUUCAUUCGUUUCAUCUGGAGCACACGAUUGGUAUCCAUCGGAAGCUGAUGUCAUUGGGAUCGUCAAUCUUUUACCGAAUCUCGUCAAAAUUACCCUUGAUGGAAGUCGCUUGACUGCACAUGGACUCCUUCGCCUUAUUAAACAAUGCAGCACCAUGGUACUUUCGUUGAAGAUUCAACGAUACGCAUUUUCGAAUGCAAUACGGAAAAUGUUUCAAUGGGAAUGCACAAAACUUGGUUGGCACGUAAAUUUCAAUUCUUUGUCCACUGAUCCCAAAAUGAAAAUACAACGAAAAAUUAAUUGAUUUAAUUUCACACUUUUUUGCAACUCGUCUAAUUGAUUUAUAUUCUAACUUUAAUUGAAAUAAGUUUCAUCAGUGACGAAUUUUUUUUAGAUUUUUUUCAUACUUGAUUUGAUUCACCAAAAAUCAUACCAUUUAAGUUGCAUUUGUAUAAUUGUCAACUGUCUUUAAAAACUUGCUUCGAAAUACGUGUUAAAAUCCGACAUUAUAUUUGGCCAGCUCAGGCAGCAAUUACUUUUAUUGUUGUCGCUCCGUUUCAACAUCUAACAAUAUUAAUAUCUGUUCAAAGUACGAUUUACAUGUUCGAAUAUAUUCUAUUUACAGUGUUGUAUUGUAUGCGUGUGAUUUCAAGUUUUCAAUGACCUAUUUUCAGUUUAAGCCGGACUUGAUCUACUUCUUUUGUCAUUUAAGAGGAGACAAAAAUAUGAAAACAAUAACCUUCCAACAAAUUUAUUCUAAAACUAAUACUCUUACCAAAAACAUGGACAUACCUAAUGUUAAAUUCAAUAAACAAUAUCAUACAAUUCGA